CAUAAGCUGGUCACCUUCCGCAUCCGACACGGUCGGUGUGAUCAUCGUUAUCAAAACCCACCGUCUAUAAAUACCACCCACCUCCAGGAAUUCCCCGAAAGCCCACGUAUUUCUCCCCAUUGGGUCUCCCCUUUCAAAGAAGAAAGAAGGAAAGAAAAAAAAAAGGCUCUUUUAUUUCUCCUCUCGUCCUCCGCUAUUCGGAUUGGGAGAGAAGGCACCGAAAGGGAGGGAGUUGUCGAUCGAUCGGACCGGAGGAGCGAAGAUGAAGGCAUCGAGGGGGCGGAUAAACGCCGUUGUGGGAUGGGUGAAGCGGCAGCCGCCCAAGGUGAAGGCUUUCCUGAGCGUCGUGGCGGGCAUGGCGGCACUCGUCUUCCUCAGAUUCGUCGUCCACGACCACGACAACCUCUUCGUCGCCGCCGAGGCCGUCCAUGCCAUCGGCAUCUCAGUUCUAAUCUAUAAGCUCACCAAGGAGAAGACCUGCGCCGGACUGUCACUCAAGUCUCAGGAUCUAACAGCUUUAUUUUUAGCUGUUAGACUGUACUGCAGUUUUGUUAUGGAGUAUGACAUACACACACUGCUGGAUUCUGCUACGCUUGUGACUACCCUGUGGGUUAUUUAUAUGAUUCGAUUUAAGCUGAAGUCAAGUUACAUGGAGGAUAAGGACAACUUUGCAAUAUACUAUGUGGUGGUGCCUUGUGCUGCACUAGCCCUUUUAAUUCAUCCUUCAACAUCACAUAAUAUUGUGAACAGAUUUUUCUGGGCCUUUUGCGUCUAUUUGGAAGCUGUCUCAGUGUUACCCCAGUUACGUUUAAUGCAAAACACAAAGAUUGUUGAACCAUUCACAGCUCACUAUGUAUUUGCAUUAGGAGUUGCUAGAUUCUUGAGUUGCGCGCACUGGGUCCUUCAGGUCCUGGAUACUCGUGGGGCCCUGUUGACAGCUUUGGGAUAUGGGAUGUGGCCAUCCAUGGUUCUCUUCUCAGAAAUUGUUCAAACCUUCAUCCUUGCAGACUUCUGCUAUUAUUACGUCAAAAGUCUUGUUGGUGGGCAAUUGGUGCUACGUCUUCCUUCUGGGGUAGUAUAAAUUUGAAGAUUCUGUGCAACCUCUCAGUUAUCAUACCCCGAAGUAACUUGAUGUGAAAUCCUAUUUUGUGCAUUUUCUAUUGCCUUAUCCCUUAGAAACCUAUAGCCUUUGCAAUUUGUCAAUGGUGAUGUCAAGUUGUGAACACAUGCGAAGUCUAAGAAAUUUAAAAGCAGUUGUAGAUAUCUUGAAUGAUAAUGCUUUGGUUUUUUGCUGACUGCCUGUACUUUAGAUAAAGCUAAUCUAGAUCUUUUGUGGAUCUUUUAUCUUAACCCUGGGAAAACAUUUCAGCUCCUUUCUUUA